CCUGCUUCAUGUUUUGCUAUUCAGUGAGCUGUUUUUGGAGCACGUUUGGUCGUUCGUUGAUGACUGAGAUGUCUAAAGGUAUGCAUGAGUUUACUACAAGCUGUGGUAUCCCAAAUAAUUGAGUUAAUAAAGAUAAAAUGUGGUGAAAUACCUUUGAUUGUGUCAUUUUGUCUCGUAACAUACUUGCCCCCCUCCCCAGUUAGACGUAAACAAAGCAUAUAUCGGUAAUUUUCUAGACUGAAACCAUGGGUAUCCUUUCCAUUCUCGGUGGGAAUGAUAGACAAGUUAUGUGACCCCAACAGACCCAUGUCCCAUGAGUAGAGGGAUAUAGUAGAUCGCGCGCAAUUUUGGCUCAUUCAGUCAACGGUUUCUUGAGAGGAGCAGCUCUCUCCCGAGCUCUCUCUCUCAUAUUAUUAGGACUUCCCUUCCAAUCCUAUCCUGUCUUUUUCGUGGUUUGAGGCCAAAAUGUGCUACUGUAGUUACGUCAUUCUUGUUCUCCUGCUGCUGAUGGCUGGGGAUGUGGAAGUAAACCCAGGGCCAGGACAAGAUCCAUUUUCCACAUCAAACUUUUUCAAGUUCAAGAUCGCAGGUCUGCAGCAUGAGGUACAGCAGGCACAACAACAACAACAACAACAACAACAGCAGCAGCAGCAGAUGUAUCAGCAGGUUCUGUACAUUCCUGUUGCUCAACAAACGCAGCAUGUUCCUCAAGCAGCGCUAAAUGAGGAAAGACAAAGGCGACUAGAAGCUGAAGAGAGCGCAAGAAAUCUUGAGAGACAGUUGCGGGAAUGUAGAAGACAGGUUCAGUUAGCAGAGAGAGCGUUAAGGGAAGAAAGAGGUGUGGCAGCCAGAGCCAAUGAAAGGGUUGCGGAAGUGGAAAGACGCGUGGCCGAGUUAGAACAGAGGGUGAAGUCCAAGAAGGAGGUCAGGCAGAAGAGAUCUAGCUUUAAGAAGAUGGGAUCAACAAAACCAUCCAGUCAGUUAACCGCAAGUGGGAACAAGAAGAGGAAACAAGCGUACAAGGCUAGGCUGAAUCAUACCUUCCGCAACUUUCACACAGACGUGAAAAAAGCAAGGGUUGAACUGUUCCUGGAAGGCCACAACAAACCGCACAUCAUCAAAUGGGAAGAGAGGGAGCCUUCUUCACCUCAGCCCUCCCAGGACAGUGACAAGACCAGGGAGGUGCAAAAGUGGCUAAGAGUGAAGGACAAGUUCACCAUCUCCGAUGAGGGCUACCAUGAGAUCCGGAUGAUGGAUCAAGCCAAUGUGCCACCAUUGUACAGAGUGAUUGAGGAGAGGGUUCGCCAGAACAAAACAAUUGACAUCAUCACAGAGGCCAAUAACAACAUGGCCAGGCGUCCAGUGAGGGAGCUGCUGAAAGAACUCCUCAAACAUCCAAAGUACGGUGGAACUGUCAGUGACCAGAUUUCGGUAAGAUUUUCUGGGGAUGGAAGGCAAGUAACAAGGAACAACAGAAUCGGUGCAGUGAUGGGUACUCUGCGGAUUGUGCCAAACCGCAACACCAUCAACGAAGACACGCCGAGUACCCGGCUGCACCAUACCAUCAAUGAAGAGGCCUCCAUUUUUGUUUAUGAAGGAGGAGAGGACCAUGAGGUGCAGAAACAGACUGCAGCCACAGUGUACCAGGAAAUCAAGGACAUCAGGGAGAAUGGUCUAAUCAUUGGAAGCAAGACAGUCAAAGUGCAAUGGUACCUCACGGCAGACUGGAAGUUUCUGGCCAUUCUACUUGGCUUGAACCAAGCCAACAGUAACUCCUUCUGCCUAUGGUGCCAUUGUACGAAGGACCAGAUAUGUAACUUUGACAUACUAAACUGGGACAUACAAAGGAAAGUGGGGGACCACACUUGCUUGAUCGGCCAGAGGGAGCACAAAGGACACAUCCUGACUCCCCUGGUCGACUUCAAAUUUGAUGCGAUCAUCCCUGAUGUGCUGCACAUGGGCAUGAGAAUCAGAGGGAAGCUCUUCAACCAGGUAGUUGUGUGGGCCAUAAAUCAAAGACGAACAAAGGAGUUGGCGGCCGCAAUGAAGGAGACCGGUGUCCCCUUCAGAUUGGUGGAGGGGACAGGAGACGACGGAAAGGGCUCCAUAAAAACAUGGACACAGCUGAAUGCAAAACAACUAGAGCGUGUGUUCCACAAGCUGAACCUUCACGCGGUCCUCACUGAUAGGUGGAGCGCUAAUGGGAUAUCAGUCGCCAGCCUGAAUGUGGCUAAGCUGAGGACUGAGCUUCAGAAGCACGGUGUGGAGAUACCCAGCAAAUCGAAGAAGGCUGACCUGGUCAGACUACUUACAGAUGCCCUGGACAGUGACCAGCUUCCACUACCUGAGGAUGAUGAUGAUGAUGAAGAAAAAUCCUGAUUGUGGAUAACAUCAUCCAGCUUUGGAAGGAUUUUGAGGAGCUGGCAGUUGCCAUGAAGGCUGCCCCAGGUGCAGCUGGCCACCUGACCCACACAGUAUUCAAACAGAAGGCAAGGGACUGGGGCACAUUCUUCAGGAGAGUGACAUAUGAUGAG